AUGGCUGCCUUUUCUCGAGGAGUGACCAGCUUCCUCCACCCGCAUGCCUUCCGCCUCCCCUCUACUCUCCGCGCGACCCUUCUGAACACCCGACUGCAAGCCACCCGCGCGCUUCCUCCUACUCGACAAUUCUCUGCAUCAAUACUCCGACGUUAUGCGGCGCCCAGUCGCUCUUCCUACGUGCAAGCCGAUCCCGUCCUUCGGUCGGUCAUACAAACGCACCAGCCUGUUCUACUAUACAAGGAGCCACCGCGCAACAACUACCUUAUGAAAGUAUAUGCAUGGGCUACAGUAACUACUGGCAUAGGCCUUUACAACUUCUACUGGGUUUCGGUCCUUCCGGAAGGCCUGAGCUUCUUCGUCGCACCGACGUACAUCGUGAUAGGCAUAGCCUUCUGCGCCAUUGGAAUCCACAUCUACCAGCGUCCCGUGCGGCGACUCGCCACGCUCGAGGUGGUUCCCGGAUAUAGGGGCGGUCGCUUGCAGCUGCGACUUACCGGAAGAAAAGAGCCUUGGGCGAAGGAUCAAGUGAUCGAAACGGAUAUCUUCAACGCCACGAUCAGCGAGAAGACGGGACCUAUGUUAGCGGAAAUAGUUGAGGCGAAUCGAGCAAGACAACAGAGUAUUACGCAGGGCUUGGAGCACCUGUCGAUUCCGCUAAAGGUAUGGGAGAUUAUGGCGCGUUGGGUGGAACAGAAGUGGACGAGCUUCUUUUUGAGGUUCAAAUUUGCGGUGCUGCAGUUUGGAAUUAUCCAUGUCGAAGUUGACGGAGUAAAGUGGAAAAUUGACUGCACUGGGUAUCUCCGGGAGCAAGGAGCAGCCGUUGACCGUAUUCUGCCCGUUGAGUAG